CAGGCCCCGCCCCGGCCGGGCGCCGCGGGGCAGCGCGCAGCAUGGCCGCCCCGGCCCGCCCCGCCGCCGCGCCCCGCCGCCCCGCGCCCGCCCGCCGCCGCCGCCGCGCAUAAAAGGGCCCCGCGGCCGCCGCGCCCGCCCCGCGCCGCGCCCGGCCAUGGCCAAGGACCAGCUGAAGCCGCGGCUGUGCCACAUGCUGAAGGGCGAGAGCGGCUACGGCUUCCACCUGCACGGCGAGAAGGGCAAGAGCGGGCAGUUCAUCCGCAAGGUGGAGCCGGGCUCGCCGGCCGAGGCGGCGGGGCUGCGCGCCGGGGACCGCGUCGUCGCCGUCAACGGGCUCAACGUGGAGCAGGAGACGCACCACCAGGUCGUGCAGCGCAUCAAGGCCGUGGAGACGGAGACCCGCUUGCUGGUGGUGGACAAGGAGACGGAUGAGUACCUGUGCAGCCUGCGGCUGACGUGCACGGAGGAGAUGGUGCACGGCGGCGUCCUGCUCGGCUCCGGCACGUCGCCCACCAAGUCGCUGGGCAGCGACAACGGGGAGGUCUGGAAGCCGCAGCUGGACCUGAGCGGGGGCAGCCUGCCGCGGCACUCGCACAGCUUCUCCUCGCACGGCAGCAAGAAGGAUUUAAAUGGACAAAAAGAGCUGUGUCCACGUCUCUGCCACCUCAAGAAAGGCCCCAGUGGCUACGGCUUCAACCUGCACAGUGAGAAAUCCAGGCCGGGGCAGUUCAUCCGCUCGGUUGACCCGGAUUCGCCAGCCUCUAAAGCAGGACUGCGGCCCCAAGACCGGCUCGUGGAGGUGAACGGGAUAAACGUGGAAGGCCUGAGGCACUCGGAGGUCGUGUCUCACAUCAAGUCCAGGGAGAACGAGGCCAGGCUGCUGGUGGUGGACCCCGAAACAGACGAGUACUUCAAGAAGCUGGGGGUGACCCCCGCGGAGGAGCACACCAAAGGUGUGGUGCCUCAGCCCAUCACGAAUGGAUCUGCUCAGACGCAGCUGAAUGGAGGAUCCACAUCUUCAUCUCACAGCGACCUGCAAAGUCCUGGGAAAGAAUCAGAGGAUGGAGAGUCUGAAAAGAAAGACCCGUUUGAGGAGAGCGGGUUGACCCUGAGCCCAACGGCUGCAGAGGCCAAGGAGAAGGUGCGCGCCAAGCGGGUGAAGAAGAGGGCUCCGCAGAUGGACUGGAACAAGAAACGAGAGAUUUUCAGCAACUUCUGAGCCUCGCUAGCGGCUCCUUUCUUCCCUGUCUCCUCUCCCUGCACUUGGCUCUCCCUGGCCCGGACGUUUAUGAGGUGCCUAGGCUGUCUUCAGUGUCCACGUGAGAUGCUUUGUGCUCUGCUCUUCACUGGUUGCUUUUAUGAGGCGUAUUUUAAAGUCCUUUUUUUAUUAUUAUUAUUAUUAUUAUUAUUGUUACUCACCAGCGAUUCUCAUAAGACGAAUGUGACCAAAGCUCCUUUUCUUGCUUGCUCUGGCUGCCUGCAGUUCCCUGUUCCUGCUGAGAAAGGACUGGAAGAGUUUAACUCUUUUUUUCUUACCUGCGUAAUUUAGGCUUUUAUUACUUUUUUACUUUAUUUUUUUUGUUUUGGUUUUGCGAGUGUCCCAGACUGAGCCCCAUGGGAUGCUCUGCGCCCCUGUGCAAAUGUCUUAUGUCCUCAUGUCCCUUGCCUUGGGCAAGGGAGUCCAGAGAAGAGGUUGGGAUGGUGGUGAGAGCCCCCUCCCUUGCCCCCCCGGUCUGCAGCACUAACUACUCACAUCAUGGGAAAACGGACAGUGGCUGUGAAUUGCUCUCGUUGGCUUUGCUAUUGAAAUGAAAAAGAUUUUUUUGUUUUAAAUGAAGUCCCAUAUGUUUCUGGUUAGUGCAGGAAGCUCCCUCCCCACCAGCGCCUUGACCAAGGCAAUAAAAGCCCCUUUCUCCUGCCCUCCCCCUUCCCUCCAGACAGCUCUGCAGAGAAGAGGGCAGGAUUUAAAAACAAAACACAAACCCAGCAGCCCAAAUGCCACAGGCCUCAUGAUUUGCAUAAUCAAAUGCAGCAAUGACUGGCACGGGGAAGGGAGGGGAAUGAGGUGGAGCCGUCCCGCUCAGGGCAGUGGUGAGUCCGUGCUCCCAGCGGCACUUCGGCAGCAUGAGGAUCUGUCUUGGCAGCCCGGCUUAGAAGGCCUUGCGAGAGGACAAAAGCCACGAGAUGCUACAACCUCCGCUCUUCAGGCAGACUUGCAAAGAGCACAAGCGAGCGUCUGCUGGCAGCUAGGGACGCGUGCCGAGGGGAUCCCGCUCCAGCAGCAGGCUCGGCGCUCCGCAACGCGGGGCUCGGCCCCUCCGCGCACGGGUGCUGCGUCCUGGAACGGAGCCCAGCUCCCAUGUGGUUUGGUACUUCUGACCCGGUAUUUAAAACCUUCCUCUCCCCCGUCUGUUGCUCUCUCCCCAUCCACGUUUCCAGUCUGUAAGCGUAACCGCGUCUGUCCUCUCCCUGUCACACUGAUGUGGGAUGAGGGAGGGGACGCGGGCCGGUCCUCCGAAGCCGUGCACGCCCAGGGGGUCUCUGCAGGGCUGGCUGUGAAGCAGGCAGCAGUUUGAUGUAGUGGGCGAUUGCUUUGGCUUCCUGUGCCCUCCUUUGUAAACACCCUGCUCUCAGCAUUAGAUCCUUAAAAUGUAUCUUUAAAGCAUUACUGAUUAAGCCAAUUUAAGCUCUUCACUAGUUUCCUUUGGCUGUAAAUGAGGGAAGAUGACCAAGAUGGGAUACAACACUAACAGCAUCCCAACAGAGGUGUUUUACCAGGGAAGGGUCCAGGCCACGAAGGCCUAGAGGGGUCCUGUUCCCUCUUACCACGCUCCGAUAAUUCCCCAAGCCGAGCUGUUGUGGCUGCCAUGUAUUUCAGAGCAAAUGUCAAGGCAGCACUUGGAAGGGACUGGGCACAGUGGGACACAGUCAAGUACAAAACCACUUUCCCCUGCUAAAUGCAAACGGCAGCAAUAACAUGGGAGCUGAUGACUAUUUUGAAUGAAACGUGCGGCUCAGGCUGCCCCGUGUUACUCCCCAGAGCUGCUGCACUGCGAAUGGGUGGCCUCUGGCUCAGAGCACUACGGCGAUUGUUAAGGUUCUGUGUAUAUUUCGUAAAUAUUGAGCUAAAAGGUGCCUUAUAACAUUUACUGCUCUCCUCAGCAGCUGAAUCUGUCUCGGCACAGCACGCGGGUGCUGAGGGGCAGCAGGGAGGGCAGCAGCGGAGUCCGGGGCGCUGGGCUUCGCUGGGGGAGCAGCUGAGGCACAUGGCUGUUACCUAGCUGCUGACAGACUGGAAACCCUCAGGGGCUGAAGGACAUGAUUUCUCUGUUAUGAAAGUGCAAAAUGUUGAAGGGAUGAACAAGUUUAAAAGUGAUUUUGGAGAGGAACUGGUGCAGGUGUUUGGCUAUUGGUGAUGAGACUGGGAGCAGGUUGAUGGAUCAUGAUGGGGGGAGGUUUUCCUCCCCUCUGGGACUCUGCCGUUAACAAGAUGCCUCUUCCCUACUACACUUCAAAGACAGUUAGCUCCUCUCUUGUUGGCCACAAAAAACAUCUGCCUACAAAAGAAAUCUCUGAUCUACUGAAGAAGCCCUACUUUUCCAUGAUAUGCACAUUACUUUCGGUGCCUGCAUAGCCAAACCCCAGACAGCGUUACAGUCUGCGAAGGGCACAGUGUUCCCCAUUACAUUACGACAUAAUUGUCACAAGCCAUGAUGUAUGUCAGAAAGCAAAGAAGUGUUUGUAAAUACCUCACUUCUCAUACAAGAUUGGACCAGUGUAGUGGAGGGGGAAAAAAGAACAUGUGGUUUUGAAUGCAGAUCAAAAGAAAUCAGGUGUGCAAAUAUGUACUGAUAAGAUUUUUAAAAUCGUAAUCUCUGCUUAGUCCAUGGAAACUGCUCCUGGUUAAAGCACUUGUAUUUCUGACAUCUUGUAGCUUGGUAGUAAUUAUUCAGUUCCUGUACAUUUAACUUGGAAAAAAGAAAUCAAAGUGUAAGGCUGUUAGCUGCAUUGUAAAAACAUAAUGUACACUGUAAUGUCAGUAAUAAACUUGGUUUUGCCAUGUACAA